AUGAGCGCUUUAUCACUCGCUUCGAACGCGUUUACGCACGUAAAACCGAACGUUUCGAGACGAGGACGAUUGAACCGCGCGAGAUGUGCCGCUUCUGUGGCACGUUUGGAGUCGCGUGGCGUCGCAUCAAAGCGUAACGAUUCUUUUUCCGCCAACACUCAUUGUCUCGAGCGCAAAUCGUCCGUCGCGGGGGGUGCUUUAUCUGCUCAAAUUUUACCGGCAAAAGCGUCUGUGUUGACGUCGUCAUCCUCGGCGUUUUAUCAGCACUGCUCAAAAAGAAACAACAACAACAACAACACUUCUGCGAUGCGAUCGUGCUUGCAAGUGUUCAACGCGGUGAGCGAUUACGCCGGCGCCGAGGAUCAAGGCACCGGACGAGUUGAUAAGAGCCAGUUUCACGCCGCCAUGAGGAUUCCGAACACGGCGAUGGCGAAAAUCGGUCGACAGUUGGGCGGCGGCGGAGCGGCGACUUUGGAGAAGGUGAGCAUGGAUUUAUCGAGUUCGGUACAAUCAGUGGCAGCGCCAAAGUUAUCUGACGGCGAUAACGGGGGGAAUAACGGGGGGAAGAUCAAUAACGGCGGGGGCGGCGGCGACGGCGACGAAGGCGACGACGACGAUUGGUUCGACGAAGAAGACGGCGACGGCGACGAAGGAGGAUACAUUUCUUUGAGAGAAGGGAUCCCGGAAACGUUCGAAAGAGAGGCGAUUCAAGCCGUGUUGUCCGAGUGGUUUAAAACGAUCGCGAGUUUACCGGCUGGUUUGAGAAUGGCGGUGGAGAUGGGCGUCGUUUCGAGCGCGCAGUUGGUCAGAUUCAUGUCCGUGGACGUUAGACCGUCCGUGGUAAGAGUCGUCUCCAGAUCUACUCCGCAGUGGGCAUCCAGAGCGUUCGUUGGUCGAUUAAUGGCAGAACCGGCGUUUUUGUACAAGCUUGCGUUUGAACAAGCGGUGACGGUUGCGGCUGGUACCAUGUACGAAGUCGCGCACAGAGGGGAUAAGUUGAAGAAAGAGUGGGACUUGGCGGCGUCCAACGUGGCGCAAAUGUGCGUCGCAAACUUGGCUACGGUCUGGUUGUGCACCCCAUCGCGAUCCUUUGGCGGCGUCCAAAAGUUUGGCUGGCAAAAAGCGUUGGCGGGUAUGCCGAACAACGCGUUUGACCGCGCCGGACCUUUGCGACCGUACACCACCGGCACCAGAAUCGCCUCCGUCGUAGCUAAAGGCGCGGAGCUCUCCGCCGUCGGUGUCGUCAUCGGGGGUGCGUUCAGCGGCUUAAACAACUUAUUAGUCAACUCACACAAAAAGAAAGAAGGAAAAAAAUGGAAACCAGCCGUGCCGGUGCCGGACGUGAAGACGUCCGCGUUGGGUAUGGGAGCGUUCCUCGGUUUGUCGUGCAACGCCAGAUAUCAAUUGAUUGGCGGAGCGGAUCGAUGGAUGACGGAUCGCUUGACGAGCUUAGGAUCUGCAAUCACCGCCACGGCGUUGAUGCGAUUGACGAACAAUCAAGUUGGUGAACAAACGAGAUUGUUCUUGCUCGGCUUACCGUUGCACGCGCAAAGACAGCGAGUACGGGGCACGACUGGAUACACGCGCGCGUCGUCCAAAAAGUCUGCGGGGGGUGUUAGAAAAACGAAAAAGGUGAAGCGAAAGGUGAAGCGAAAAGUACCGGCGGCUGCUGUUGCGGCUGACGCGACCGUUGCUCCGCCCGCGACGCCAGCCAUGGCUUAA